UUUGUUUGUUUGUUGAGAUGAUUUUAUUCAGCAGCUGCCGUUAUCUGCUCCUGAUCAGAUUUCUGGAGGAGAUGUUUUUUGGUGGAGCUUGGAGGCCAUCUGCUGGUGGAACACAGACACUGCAGUGAUUUAGGAAUGAGUGAGUGAGAAUACAAAACUCUGUUUACCUGUUUUGUAAUGUUUUAUUUCUUUACAUGAAUUUGGAUUAUGAGUCACAUACGGUUGUCUAAUAGUCUAAUGGGGUUUUUAAAUGAACUAAAGUCUGAAUUAUUGAUAUAAAAAUGUACAAUUACUUACACACUACACAUUUUAUUGUUACUGAAUACAAUAUUAGUGUGAUUGCCAAACAUUGUCAUCUGAUAUGUAUAUAAUAUAUUUCAAAUAUAUUCUGUGUAAUUAUUUUACUGGCUUAGUUUAAUAUUUACAAUUCGCAGCAGUAUAUUCACAUUUUCCCAAGUACUGUAAAAAAAAAGUACACAGUAGUACAAGUUUAAUAAAGUCCCUAAUUUUAAGUCCUUAGUUUAACAAAUACAUUUUAAAAACCUCUUCUAUUUGAUAUCAGUAGAUAAUCCACAGUCAUCGUGCUUCUUGUUUCCAUUAUUUAGAUUUUACAAGGCAGAUUACAAUCCAUAAGAAGCCAUACUCUCUCCAAGAAACAUUAGUACUUAUAAUAAUAAUAAUAUAGCUUUAUAUUUCUGUGUAUUUUGAAUGUUUUAGUUUUAUAUUUAUUGAUGGGCAGCACCAGUUAAAUAAUAGCGAAGUGAAAUAAAAUUAAUUUUUGUUUAGUCAAAGUGCUUUUCUCUUUUCAUUUUUCAUUUUAAAAACUCCAGCAUUUGAGUGAGAAUAAGCAUCUGUUGAAAUUAGGGGUGGGCGAUAUGGCCCUAAAAUAAUAUCACGAUAUUUCACGCUAUUUUCGCGAUAACGAUACUCUUGGCGAUAUAAAUUGAUGAUUUGUUUUUUUUUUAAGAAUACACUACUGCAACAAAAUGAAAAUUUUAUUUUAUCAUUGCCUACGAUUUACGUCACACCCUUACCUGAGAUAUUAAAAAAAUACAAGAAUUUGAUCAGAUUUGUAUCAGAAGUCAAUGAUCCAGAAUAUCAUGAUACUAAUAAUAAUAAUGCACUUCAAAUAUCUCCAUAUAUCCAGGAUUAAAGUAAAAUAAAUGAUACUGAACAGAUAUAAUCUACAGUCUCUACUAGAUAUAUAAUGGAGAAAAUGAGAACAGUGUGAAUUUUUCUUUUGAUAAAAACAGUAAAAAAAAAAAAAGAACCCUGUGAUAAUUAGGGGUGGGUGAUAGGGCACCAUAUUUUUAGGUUAUAAUAUUGUUCACGAUAUUCAAAAAUGAAAUGUACCUGAACUCACGUAAUUUCCAGACCACCGUUAAUAUAUUCUAGAAGUCCAUUGCUAUUUUAAGGGCGCAGGGUUUUAAGGGCGCAGGGUGUACGAUAGGGUCCAUAGUGUGUAAAGAGCAUGGAGCAGCAGCAGAGACAGUAUUUCUCCAUCAGUUUAUCAGAUUAAACUGCUCCUUAUCAGCAGUUUAACUCAAUUUAGCUCAAUUAAGAUCUGUAUGUGAUAGCUCGGCCAGAACGAGACCAGAUCACGUUCACACCACAAGCGAACAGCUUCAGAAAACAAAUCAGUGUUUUGGGCGAGGGCGGGGUAGAUUACGGCAACGGACGUUGGGGUCAACUUGGGGGUAAAUCGCAUGCGUUAAUGCUUUAAUAUUGACAAAAAAAUAAAUAAAACCUCUGAACAAGUGUGUGAUAUCCUACUGCAUGCAUACUGAUAAAUACAUUAAUAAAUAUAAAAAUACACAAAUAAGUAAAUAAGUAAUAAUAAAACCCUUAAAAAUCUGAUUUAUAAAAUUACUUCUUCUAAAUGUAGAAAAUUGUCACGUUUCCAAUGAAACCUCUGUAAGAAGUUCAGUAUAUAAGACGUUACACACAGUUUAAAGCAGGGAGGAGUUUCAGAAUGAGCUUUAAAAACUUCCUGUUUAAGUAAAAUAGGAAGUUCCUAAAACUCCCUACAAUGGAGACGAAGCUGCAGCUGAUCUUCACUCUCUCCACUCUGAUCUCCAUCACAGGAUCCAGUGAUGUGUUCGGAGCGGUGGGUGAAUCUGUUCAGCUGGAGAUGCAGAACCCUGGAGCAGAGUUUAAAACUCUUUCCUGGAUAUUUAACAGAAGUAAAAAUGUUCUAUAUUAUAAUAAAAAAAAUAAUGAUAUUGACCUGUCUCCUAAUUAUAGAGACAGAGUGGAGUUUGAUAAGGAAACCUACAGUCUGACCCUGAAGAAUCUACAGAAGAAUGAUAGUGGACUGUAUGAAGUGAUAAUAUUCCUUCGUUUCUCCAGAUAUAUUAAGGGAUUCACACUGUCAGUGUUUGAUCCAGUGAAGUCUCCACUCCUGACUUUCCAGCAGAACCCUGACUCCUGUAACGUCACCCUCACCUGCAGAGGUCACGACCUCUCCAUCGGCUCCAGCUGUUAUAAUACAACCUGUGAGGAGAAGGAAGUGACAUCACCUGGAGGCGUCGCCCUUUCCCUGUCAGUCCUGGACAGCAGCAUCGUCUGUAACCAUAGCAACCCAAUCAGCUGGAAGAAGACCACGGUGGAGCUGGAAAUAUUUAGAUAUCUCUGUCCUUCUGAAGAUGCAGUGUCGCCCCCUGCUGGUGAAUCUGCUGGUGUAUCUGUGUGUUUAGUGAAGACUGGACUGUAUUCCAUCACUCUGAUCAUCCUGCUGUCUGCAGUCAUCACCGUUCACCUCCGAGAGAGACGCAACAAACCAUCAAAUUAAAUUAACGUAUUUUUCACACUGUAACUAUAAGACGCAUUAUGCGACACUAGUAAGGAACAGGGGUCUCCUUCUGCUAAAAUCCUCUUGUUCUUGUUCUUUGUGAAAUACAGUGGUUCUCUCUGAGGUGUUUAUGAUGCUGCACAUGAUGAAACUCUUCCUCAAACUCUUCCUCAUUCUCUGCAGCAGCUAGUAAAAGAAAAUAUUUAGAAAAACGAGUCGAUCAGGAAAAGCACCGUGUCUACAUCAACCUGUGAAUUAGUAUUCAUGGCCCCGCCCACCUCGGAUCGGGACCGCCCACAGGCAGAGCUGAAGCCGGGUAGUGAUGCCGUCUCUUCAGAUAGGAGAUAACUAACAGCGCUAGGAACAGCAUGCAGUUCAUUCCUGUGUUAUUUGUGCGAAUAACACAUCAGUGUUUUAUACUUUACCCAGUAAUUCAGAGCUAAGAAACAAAUGGUUAGAAUUAGUCUAUGGAGGAAAACACCACCAGCCAAGUACAAUUGAGAUAGGUAGGUGUAUAUUUAGAACAGUUCUGUUUACACUAGUUAAACUAGUUUUACUUUCUAGACCUGGACUCUGCACACCUCUGUGUGUAAGUAACUGUAGGUUUAAAUAGGAUCUCCGGUGGAUUUGGUGUUUUACAGAGACUCUAAGACUAGGUCAGUGGCUGAACUGCACUUAGCAGGGCAUUAUUACACAUGUUGUAAAGUAACAUGUGACAUUGCAAAAACUGUUAGUAGUAUAAAAAUUUCUUUAUUUUAAAACGUUGCCUCCUGGUGUCUCAGUGCUGUUAUUUGUUAUUUAUAUCUAUACAACUUUACAUGAGAUUUUAAUUUUAUUGAGAAUAAGCGCACAGUUCACUUCUGCACAUUUGCCUGUAUUUGAUAUAUUAGAAAAAAAAUAAAGUAUACACAAAUGGGA